UCUCAACAAGAAUGCUUCACACCAGAAAUGGGUGACUGGAGUUUCUUGGGGAACAUUUUAGAAGAGGUAAAUGAACACUCCACUGUCAUCGGGAGAGUCUGGCUUACAGUUCUCUUCAUUUUCCGAAUCCUGAUCCUAGGGACGGCCGCAGAGUUUGUAUGGGGAGAUGAACAGUCAGACUUUGUGUGCAAUACCCAACAGCCGGGCUGUGAGAACGUCUGCUAUGACGAGGCCUUCCCCAUCUCCCACAUCCGUCUCUGGGUCCUGCAGAUCAUCUUUGUCUCCACACCCUCCCUGGUUUAUUUGGGCCAUGCCGCGCACCAUGUAAGGAUGGAAGAGAAACGGAAAGAACGGGAAGAGUCAGAGCGGGCUCAGCGAGGUGAAGAAAAUUCACCCCAUAAUACAGACCCAAUAUCCAUCAAGGAAACAAGCCCCAAGGGAACCAAGAAGUUCCGCCUCGAGGGAACACUUCUUAGAACCUACAUCUGUCACAUCUUUUUCAAAACCCUCUUUGAGGUGGGCUUCAUUGUGGGCCAGUACUUCCUAUAUGGCUUCCGAAUUCUUCCCCUUUACCGCUGUGGCAGGUGGCCUUGCCCCAACCUUGUUGACUGUUUCGUGUCCAGGCCUACUGAAAAGACUGUUUUCAUCAUGUUUAUGUUGGCUGUGGCAUCAGUGUCCCUCUUCCUCAAUCUUGUGGAAGUCAGCCACUUGGGCCUUAAGAAGAUACUGCAUGCUUUCAAGAGAUCGGCAGAACAACCGCCUGCAGAGACCCCGGAGAAGCCCCUCCACUCGAUUGCUGUUUCAUCCAUCCAAAAGGUCAAAGGCUACAAGUUGCUGGAGGAGGAGAAGCCAGCAUUCCACUACUUCCCUUUGACAGAAGUGGGAGUAGAAGCCACGCCCAUUCCCCCCUCUUUCAAUGACUUUGAGGAGAAGAUCAGCAUGGAACGCCUGAAAGACCUCUCCAGGGCCUUUGAUGAGCAAUUGCCAUCCUAUGCCCACAUGGAUGAACAGGAUGAGGAAAAAACGGAAGUGGGAGAGGAGCUGGAACAAGAAAUGGCAGAGGAGGCACCAGAAUCGAGGGUGGAACAGCUGACAGAGAAAGCAGAAGAAAAAGUUGAAGAGAAGCUUGUGGGGGAGGAACAAGAGCUAGAGCCACCAGGAGAGGACUUGCCCCUACCAUCUUCUGAUCUUACAGCUGACACAAGACCCCUUAGCAGGUUAAGCAAAGCCAGCAGCCGGGCCCGGUCAGAUGAUCUGACUGUAUGA